AUGUCAACCAUACUCAGAGUUGCGGCGCAGUACAACUUCACUGAUUACUUGUGGCCUGACAAUAUUACAGACAAUAGUUUUGAAGCUGAUCAACAGCCGCCCAUGAUGGAGUACUAUCAGCCGCUGUGGUUGCAAGUUAUACUCGCGAUACUCUACGCAUGUACAUCGGUACUAGCCGUUAUCGGUAAUCUCGUAGUGUGUUACAUCGUACUUGGGAACCCGCGUAUGCGUACGGUGACCAACUAUUUCAUCGUCAACCUGGCUAUCAGUGACAUUCUCAUGGCUGUACUGUGCGUGAACCUUACGUUUUACUACAGUAUAAACUUUCACUGGCCGUUCGGAAUCGUUAUGUGUGCCCUGGUGAUGUAUAUUCAAAUGGUAUCCGUCUCGAUCAGUAUAUUUACAUUGGUUGCUAUUAGCUUGGACCGAUACGUCGCAAUUAUACAUCCUCUACGACCCAGAAUGACCAAGAGACGGGCCUUCAUCGUUAUCGUUGUAAUCUGGCUUCUGGCAGGUGGUAUCAGCCUCCCUGCAGCAAUCAACAGUAAAAUAGAAACCUAUCCGAAUUCAUCAACCAUCAGUUGCUCGGAGCAAUGGGCUACAGAUCAGCAGCGAUCGAUUUAUACAAUUUCUCUAAUGAUAAUACAAUACUUUUUGCCGCUGUUGAUUCUUUCAAUCGCGUAUUCCAUCAUUGGAUAUUCUAUUUGGGGUCGAAAACCACCAGGAGAGAGGGAGAGACACCGCGAUGCCAGACAAGCGGAAUCCAAGAAAAAGCUUGUCAAGAUGUUUGCCUUGAUAGUGUUCAUAUUCGCUAUAUGUUAUUUACCCAUCCACACGUUUAUCUUGCUGUUAGACCAUCAUCCUCAGAUUCAAAUGUUCCACUUCAUAAAAGUGGUUUAUUUUGCAGUUCAUUGGACAGCAAUGAGUAACUGUGUCUACAACCCAUUUGUAUAUUGCUGGAUGAAUGCUAAGUUUAGAAACGGGUUCAGGCACGUGUUCCGGUUCUUGCCAUGUGUGCAUUACACCCCUAAAGAAAAGGGUCCUUUAAGGAGAGUAAGUACGUACACCACCCAUGUAGACAGCUUCAAAAUGACGCUUCGGAAAGAGAACAGUGUAUCCCGUUAUUCGACCAGCCAUGGAAGAAAUUCGAUGCAUUACUAUUAA